GGCAAGGUGUUCCUCAUCGGCGCUGGCCCCGGGGGCAUCGACCACGUCACCGUCCGCGCCCUCCGCCUGCUCCGCGCGUGCGACGUCGUCGUCCACGACGACCUCGGCGCGUCCGACGCCGCCCUGCUGGACGAGGCCCCGCCGAGCGCGGAGCGCGUGCACGUGGGCAAGCGCGGCGGCGACGCGCGCUCGUGGACACAACCAGACAUCGACAACCUCCUCGUCUCCCUCUGCGCGAAGGGCAAGAUCGUCGCGAGGCUGAAGGGCGGAUGCCCGUCCGUGUUCUCCCGCGCGAGGAGCGAGAUGAACGCCCUGCGCGCCAACGGAUUCUCGUACGAGCUCGUGCCGGGAAUCUCCUCCGCGCUCGCCGCGCCCUUGCGCGCGGGGUUCCCCCUCACCGACGUCGAAAUUGGAAAACACUUUCUCGUGUGCUCGGCGCACGACCCGUCUUCGAUCGAUUUCCCCGCGUUUAAAGGCGUCGACACGUGCGUGUUCCUCAUGGCGGGCAAGAGCAUGGACGCGUUGUGCGAAGGGUUGGCGCACGGCGCGGGGAAGGACGGUAGUACCCCCGUCGCGCUCGUUCGCGACGCGUGCGGCGCAAACGAAGCCAUCUGGCGCGGGACGCUGGAUUCGAUUCGAGCGUCGAUCCCGAAAUCGGAGAAACUGUCGCCGUGCGUGGUGGUGGUGGGCGGGGUGUGCGCGCUC